CCUCUAACACUCAUCAUGUCUGCCCCCGCCCUUUCCUCUGAGAGCGCCGGGUACGCUCAACGUCGAAAGCAAUUGCACACGCUCACGAGAGAUCUGCAUGCCGCUGGCGCGCAUAUCCAUCUUGACUUGCCGCGCAUCGUGGUCAUCGGUAAUCAAAGUGCUGGAAAAUCCAGCGUGAUAGAAGCUAUAUCGGAAAUAAAAGUGCCGCGUGAUGUUGGGACUUGUACGCGCUGCCCGAUGGAGUGCAGGGUCCUAGAGUCAGCCUCCGGGAAGUGGUCGUGUCAAAUAAAAAUACGAUGGGAAUAUGACCCGGCCGGCCGGCGCAAACAUGAUGUCGAAGAAAUACUUUUUGGAGGCCUCCUCACCGACAAAGCAGACGUUGAGCUGAUGCUCAAACGCGCUCAAGCCGCUGUUGUGGACGCCGGGAAAACGCCCUUGGGUCAAAUUUUGAACAUGAGUCCGGAUGACCUGACUGCGUUCUCUCGUUCCUUCCCAGCGACAACUUUCUCCCGAAACGUCGUCUGCGUCGACAUUACGGGACCUGGUUUAACUGAUCUAUCGUUCGUUGAUCUGCCUGGAAUUAUAUCGAACGCUGAUCCUGCUGUCGUGCAGUUUGUCCAGAACAUGGUUCAGUCGUAUAUAUCGGGCACCUGUUUGAUUGUGGUUGCACUUCCCAUGAGCGAUGAUAUCGAGAAUCAAUCCGCUCUCAGGAUGGCUCGGGAGGUUGAUAGAGAUGGUUCACGAACCAUAGGGGUGAUGACCAAACCAGACACCUUGUCUCCGGGUUCCAUCAAGGCAAAGAAUCUCUGGCUCGAGAUUCUGGAGGGUCGUGCACAAGGCCAUCGGCUCCGUCACGGUUACUAUUGCACUCGCCAGCCAGACGACGGGGAACGUACUACCGGCAUUACAUCUGCGGAAGCACGCGAGGCAGAGAGACGGUUUUUCGAAUCGACGGGCCCCUGGAGCACAUCUACUGAACAGCAACGCUUCGGGACAGGAAACCUUGUCAAAUACCUCAGUAAGAUGUUGACUGAGAUCAUCAACAAGGUUCUACCGCGACUACAGCACGAUGUCGAGCAGAAGCUGUCCGCGUGUUGCGCAGGUCUACGGAAGAUUCCGAAAGAAGUGACGAACGAACCCGCAUCUUACGUGCUGGGGCUGCUUUCAUCUUUCUGUGUUGAUAUCCAGUCCCACGUGGUAGGUGUUCCCGGCGCAGAGGUUCUAGUUCAACAUAAUCGGCGUACAUAUGGGACCUUCAAACGCGCCAUCCGAAGUACUGCACCUAGGUUCAUACCACUACCGUCAGCAAGUGACGCUCCUUCGAAUGCGAUCCGAGUGGACGUGUUGUCUGACCCAGAAGAUGACGAAACAAUUGAGAAUGAUAGUCCUCCUGGAAUACACACGCAGGUCGUCCGACAGAUGUACCUCAAGGACAUGCGGACCCAUAUCCAACGAUCCACGACGCGCGAGUUGCCCUUCAACGUCCCGUACCCAGCUAAGACAACACUCAUACGAAGGUUUCAGAAGACGUGGGAAGACGAAUGCAUCAGUUGCUUUGAGAACAUUCAGAGGCAUUUCAGGCUCACGCUGUCGCAGCUCAUAAACCGUCGGUUUCAGCGUUUCAAGAACCUCGCAGGCAAGAUUGACGCCGCCAUCGUGUCAUUGCUGCAGGACUGCCGUGCUGCGGCACUCGAGCAAAUCGGAAUGUUGUUGAAGUUCGAAACCACACCCUUCACACAGAACACUCACUACCUCUCUGAUGCAACGGACAAAGUACUUUCCCGGUACAAGGAUGUCCGCGGAAGUAGGAGCUUUGUCCGUAGUUUGCCGGAAGUCGAGGUGGCAGCCGAAGAAGUAGAUGGUACUGAAGACUUCUACAUCGGUCAGUCUGGGCAUUCUCCUGUUCCAGAAUCCCCACCAUUACCUCCGAGUCCGGACAACAGGGCGGAGACACCUAGAGCACCAGAAUUCGACCUUCCUCAAACCACGGCAUCAGUAUUCGAAAACACAGAAGCCAACCCAAGAAACGCUGGGACAUCGCACACUGCUCGUAUACCGCAUUUCACUCUGGAUUGGUCCGACGGACCGUCCAUUCCCAGUGAGACGCAGCGCGAACAGCAGAUGGCAGAGGCACUUGCAGCGUUGGCGAGGGUGGGCUACACCGGGCUGACAGCGGACGACUUAGGGAAGCUUAAACCACCCGACGAAUACGAGGAAGAGCUCAAGGUCAUGGCGGAAGUGAGAGCAUACUUCCAGGUCUCGUACAAGCGCAUUAUCGACUACAUUCCUCUCGCCAUCGACCACACCUUCCUAUAUGCCUUCGCCGAGGCUCUCCAGUUUCACCUUAUUGAGAACCUCGCACUCGGAGCGCCCGAUGCUGCAGCCCGCUGCACGGCGUACCUCAGCGAGGACCUCGACAUCGUCAUGCGGAGGCAGGAGCUGACCGGGAGGAAGGCGAGUCUGGAGAAGGCAAAGUUGGAGCUGAUGAGUGUGUCUUUCGCCGGUGUCGAAUUAUCUGCAUCGUCGUGAGGCUCUGCUCAGCAGCUGCAUCUAGCGGUCUUGGCUGUAAUGCGGUCGGGUUUCUGGUAGUCUGAAUUGUCCUGACGCUCGUCUGGUUUUGUUGUACAAGGAACUGCUUCGCUUCGCUCCGCUUAGCUGGUAGGGCUUCAAGUUGCUCAGAGGUUGCUUGUACGAGUAUGAGAAAACCGAACGUGAAGGAGGAGGAAAUGGUCACUCGUUGUUUUCGCGCACAUAGGGGCGACAAACAGCUGCCCGGGCCCCUAAUAACGCGGAGAGGA